UUCGUCUCGUUUUGGUUUCUUCCUCUGGAUUUUCCUCCCUUCUGAUCCAAUUCCGUGCUUUGUUUGAAGGUUUGGUUUUUCAAAUUUGAGGUUCAGAAGGCUUUGUUUUGUUAUUUUUCUCUGUAAAUUGAAGGUCUUUGAUCUGCAAUUUCCAUGGCGACAAUCGGAAAUAACAAUCUGAAUGCUAAGCUCGUUCUUCUCGGUGAUAUGGGUGCUGGGAAAUCGAGUCUGGUUCUGAGGUUUGUCAAGGGGCAAUUCCUUGAAUUCCAGGAGUCGACAAUUGGAGCGGCGUUUUUCUCGCAGACGCUGGCGGUGAACGAUGCGACAGUAAAAUUUGAGAUUUGGGAUACCGCCGGCCAGGAGAGGUACCAUAGCUUGGCACCCAUGUAUUACAGGGGAGCAGCUGCUGCCAUAAUCGUCUACGACAUAACUAGCAUGGAGUCGUUCACUCGGGCGAAGAAGUGGGUGCAAGAACUUCAGAAACAAGGUAAUCCAAACAUGGUUAUGGCUCUUGCGGGGAACAAAGCUGACUUAGAAGAUAAAAGGAAGGUGACAGCAGAGGAAGCACGCACAUAUGCUGAGGAGAAUGGCCUUUUCUUCAUGGAAACGUCUGCCAAAACUGCCAUCAAUGUCAAUGACAUAUUCUAUGAAAUAGCUAAGAGGUUGCCUCGAGCUCAGCCUGCUCAGAAUCCAGCAGGGAUGGUUCUAGUGGAUAGACCAGCAGAAAGAUCCCGUUCUGCAGCAUGCUGUUCCUAAGUUACUCAAAAACAUGGGAGGUUCUUUGUUGGGACGAUUUCGUCGAAAGAUACAUUGAGCACAUCCUCUCACCUGCAAUAGGAGGUUCUUUGUCGUCUCUUCCUCCAGUUUGGCCAUUUCUAAGCGUUGUUGUUGCUGAACCCUGUAAAUGAGUAGUGGUGUUUGUGUGCAUUGACGAAACUUGUUGAGCAGAAAAUUUGAAAAAAUAUAUAAAUAGUGUAAUUCAAAUGUUUUUUCUUUUAUUUGAUAUGCUGGCAGCUUAAGUAUCUGUGUCCGGGAAGAAAAUAAAAAGUUUGAAGCUUUUGAUUGGUAUAUCCAAAGCAAUGUUCUGAAGACUGUUAAACCUGUAAUGAUGAAAAUCUCGGACUGAAUUAUCGGCGGUUGGCCCA